AUGUCUGCUCACAGCGCGGACGACCAGGCCCAGGCCAAUCCGUGGACGUCUAUGCUUGCCAAUAGGCCUAUGACCCACUCAGUGGAUGGGCACCAGCAGGUCAUUACCCCGUUCGCGAAACCGUCUGGUUUCGUCCCAUCUCAUAAAGUCUGUGGACCUUCCGCGCACCAGCACUCCAUGGCGAUGCUAGUUACCGAUAUGAAAGACAAGAUGAAUUUGUCUGAGGCCGUUAGUGUGACAGCCGAGCCUGAGGACACUUUGAUGCCUCUUGUGCAGCAGUUGGACCAUUUAAGCCUGACUCUGGGUCGGCAUGUAAGCCUGAAACCGCCUCAACUUGGAGAGCGAGUCCCAUGUGAGCGAUGCCAAAACCCGCUGUCCAACGGCACCUUCAACCUCCGCGAUCGGAAUGACCCAGCCAAGAAAGCUUUGCCCCAUGCAGACAACAGGCACCAUGCCAAGCUUGCGGCCAGAAAAUCCAAACGCUCGAAAGCGACUCGAGCCAGCCCCUCACAACUGCUGCCAGGCAGCAUCUUGGGAAUUUCAUGGGACAACCCCAUGUUUUCUGAGGACAACGUCAAGAGAUUCCUGAAAACGCGUAUUUGCCGGUUCAUGAAGGCCACCAAGAACAGGGUCGCCAAAGCGAGCGGUUUCGAACACAACGAGUUUGAACUCAGGAUGCCGGACACUGUGUACAAGUUUGUUGUUGGAAAGAAGCCACUUCAUGAAGUUCGUCCUCGUCGCAACCGUCUUCCUCGUAUCCGGUUUGAUAAAAGGAAAGUCCAAGGUGCGGCAACUGAGAACACUUCGGACGAGAUGGAUACCGAGGAAGACAUGAAUGAGGGAAUGGAUUCGACCUUCUCCACUCUCGUGUUCCAGACUCAAACCCCCAAUUAA